AGAUCACUAGGUACUUAAAUAGAGUUGCAAAAUGUCACGGAUUCAGAAACUUCGCCUUCAGGGGAUACGGAGUUUUGGUCCUGAGAAGCCUCAGGAGAUCAAGUUUAAGCCUCCUCUGACUCUCAUUCUUGGCCAAAAUGGAUGUGGCAAAACUACUAUCAUUGAAGCUCUUAAGUACAUCACAACUGGUGAGAAGCCACCAGGUUCAAAUGGAGGACGCUCAUUUGUCCACGAUCCAAAAAUAUCAAGAGAAGUCAAAUCAAGGGGACAAAUCAAACUCAGAGUUAUUACUGCUGCAGGAGAGAAGUUUGAUUUGGUCCGGUCUGUGGAAGUGGUGCAGAAACCUCAAGGAUUGAAAUUUGAAUCUUUGGAUCAAACCAUCACUCGCACUGGUCCUGAUGGCCAGAAGAUCCAAGUGUCCAACAAGUGUGUGGACUUUGAGUUGGAAUGUCUCAAUAUCAUUGGAGUCAGCAAGCCCAUUCUUGAGAAUGUGAUUUUUUGUCAUCAGGAAGACAGCAACUGGCCUCUAGACGAAGGUAAAAAAGUUAAGGAGAAGUUUGAUGCAAUUUUCAAUGCAACUCGUUACAUCAAGGGCCUAGAGACUAUGCGCAAGCUCAGGGCUGAGAAGAAGCAGCAGAUGAUAAACAUGACUGAAACACUGGAGUCGCUGAAAGACAUGAAGGACGAAGCAGAUCGUAAGAAAACUGAGCUCGCCACACAGCAAGGGCUUCUUGACCAGAUCAAAGAAGCACAGGAUAAUUUUUCUCAACGCAAGCGGCCUUUACUCAAGAGAAUCCAGGAAAUAGAGGAAGUAGAACACGGCAUUGCCAAAAUUUCUCAUGAUCUAGGAAGCAAAGAGAAAAGAAUCUCGAUGCUCGAGGAGAUGAACACGUCAGAUGCGGCAGAGCAGAGCCAUCCAAUGGACUGCAGUGACGAGGAGCUGCGCAGGAGGAUCUCUGAGUACCAAACCACCCUGAGUCUCAGGAGGACUCAGAUACACAAGGCUGAGCGCAGCAUUACAGAUGUGAGCCAAGACUUGAAGUUGCUGGCCACCAAGCAGUCGGAGGAGCAACGUCUCCUCACCAAACUGGAGACCGAACUGGAGCAGCACCAGGCUCGGGUACAGGACAGAAAUAAAGCUAUUGCUAAACUUGUGGCCUCUGCUGCAAUUCCUGCUCUUCAAGCGUUCGACCAGAAGGGAGAGUAUGAUGAAGAUGACGCUGAGAGAGCCAUGAAGAGCGGCAAGGAACACGUAAGGCUUCUGGAACAGCAACUGGAGUCUAGCAACACGGACAUGCUAGCCAACGAGGAGGCUCUGCAGUCCAGCAUCAACAAGCUCAGAUCGCGAGAAGCUGCACUAGAGCAAGAAGUAAAAGGUCUAGAUGACCGUAUUGCACAACUGCAGCUGCAGGCUCGUCAGAGCUCCUCGGAGCUACGGAGAAUGGAGCGAGAAGUACAACUCUGUGACAUUGAUGUGAUACAACAACAAAUUUCUGACGUGGACCAAAAGCUUCUUAUUAAAGAGCAAAGUUUUGAUGAGCCUCAGGUGUUGGCUUCAUUAGAAGAGAUGAAACAACGCCGCCACGACUUGACGAAACAACUGCAAUUACUGAAAGUACAGCAAAUGAAAAUGAAUAAGCAGGCCGCCGCUCGCUCAGAACUCGAUAUCCAUACAAAACAAAUGAAUGAAAUGAGCAAGAAAAUAUCGCUGCUGUUCCAUCAGUGUAGAGGUGUUUUAGAACGCUUACUGCCGUCCAACGUCACUGAGGAGACGCUCAAAGUCGACUACGAUGCUUGCUAUAAAGAAUUGCUCAAGAAUGUAAAUGCCAACAAAACGAUGUUGGAAACUCUGCGUGAGAAGCGCUCAAAGCAUCAAGUCGCCGUCGACAGUCUGCGUCGUCAGCAAAUGGAGAAGGAGAAGGAAAUUAAAAGUUUGGAGGAGCGUAUCAGCGACGUGUGCCCCGACCUGCCACUGGAGGAAGCACUGAGCCGCAAGAAAGACCAGGUCGAGGCGCUGCAGCGCGAGAGCGGCGAGCUGGAGAGCACCAAGACGGUCAUGGAGCGAUACGUGGAGAAGCUCACUGUUGAGGACUGCUGUCCUCUGUGUCAUAGGGACUUCGCUGCCAAGGAACAGAAUCUUGAUCUCCAGAACGAGCUGCGAAGCCGUCUGAGCAACUUACCAGUUCGCCUGCAGAGCGCAAAAGAGCGCCUGAGCGCUUCAGAGAAGCAGUUUAAUGCUCUGCUUCAACUGCAGCCUUUCAGGGAGCAGCUUCUCGAAGCACAGGCAAAACUCAGGAGCAUUCAGUCGGACUUGUCUCGUCCGUUGUCCGAGUUAAGCCGCGUCAAAGAAGAGCUCGACGACUGUGAGGCGAACUUGUCGCUCUACAACAGCGAGGCGUCCAUGUGUCAGGGCGUGCAGGAGAAUGUUGUUGCUGCUGAUACCAUGGCCAAGGCUAGGGCAAAACUCGCAGCCAAAUGUGAAGAAAUUAAAUCCAGGCUCGGCGAACAAGAUGGCGGUGCUAGUCUGGAGGAGACGACUGAGCGCUUAGCGUCACUGGAGCAGCAGUUGAGGGGCGUGACUGAUGAGCUGGAGGCGGCUCAGGCGCGCUAUAUGGACGACAAAGACCUGCUCGUUAAGCUCCGCAACACGAGGAACGAUCUCGCCGCCAAGCAAAUCCAAAUGAAGACUAAGCAACAGGCGGUGGAGAAGAAGCGUGAGGAAGUGAAGCGUCUGGAAGAGGAGAGCUGCAAGGAGCGGAAGAGCAGAAACGAGCGUGAGGAGCUUGUGGGCCCCGCCAGGACUGCCGUCAAGGAAGAGCAGGCCAAGAAAGAUGCCGCCGUGGCACGACGACAUCUGCUCGACAGAGAAGCUCGAACUAAGAUUGAAUGUGUUCGUGAGCUCCUGAGACCAAUAGAGACCCUGCAAGCGAGUAUUAGGAAUUUUAUGUCAAGCAACAGUGAGUUGAAAAUCCUUGCGAGCAAACAAGAAGUACAGAAGUUGCGUCUCGAGGAGCAGGAGAAGCAGAAACUGAAGGAGCAGCACGAGACGAGCCUCAAGAAGCUCGAGAAAGAGCUUGUAAACGAACGCGAGUAUGAACGCAGUCUUAAUACUGAAAAGAAGAUACGGGAACGAAAGCGAGAGGUCGAAGACAUACGGGAGGAGGUGAUGCUUCUGAAAGCUAAAAUUGCUUCCUCGCAACAGGAGUCCUUGACGUUGGAGAAAAGUCGUCUCUCCAGAGAGUUUCACGAGCUCGAGAAAGAGUUGAACUUGAGUCGCGGUCGCUCCGAUGAGGUGAACAAGAGAGUCCGUGAGCUUCAGCGAGACUUGCAGCUUCCUCAGUUUAAGGAAGCCGUGCGCAAGUAUCGCGAGAAAAUGCUACUUAUCAUGUGUACAAGGACCGCGUGUGAGGACCUGAACAAAUACUACAAGGCUCUCGACACAGCCAUCAUGAGGUUCCAUGCCGAGAAGAUGACAGCCAUCAACAGGAUCAUUCACCAGCUCUGGAACUCCACCUACAAAGGCAACGAUAUCGACAAGAUUGAGAUCAAAACGGAUGAAAAUGAAUCUAAAGGUGCGGACAAGCGGCGCACUUACAACUACCGCGUGGUGAUGCACAAGCGCGAAGUGGAGCUCGACAUGCGCGGCCGCUGCUCGGCCGGUCAGAAGGUGCUCGCCUCUCUCAUCAUCAGGAUGGCUUUAGCAGAGACUUUCAGCAAGAACUGCGGCAUACUUGCGCUAGAUGAACCAACGACUAACUUGGACCGCGAUAACAUCCGAUCUCUGGUGCGGUCUCUGGUCGGGAUCGUCAAUCAGCGCUCUCAGCAACGCAACUUCCAGCUCAUCGUCAUCACCCACGACGACGAAUUCCUCAGUGGGCUGGCUGAAGUCGACCAAAUUCAAGAUUAUUAUAACGUGCGGCGCGAUGACCGUGGGUUCUCAUACGUUCAUCGUGUGGAAUUGGACCAGACGCGACGAUAACGUUAGCUUGAAGAAGAAAAAUUCUUUUGGACGAGUUCUUCAGUUCCAUAGCGUCAUCUUUCACGCACUCUUCUAGUAAAAAUUAUUUUUUCAUUCCAUAUGGACACAAUCCUAAAGUCGGCGAAAAGUAAAGAAAUGUUACGUAAA